AACUUCCUAUAAUAUACUGUAUGAGAUAAAUUAAUUCUGUCAUAACUCAUUAUUUUUUUGAAUUGGAAGUGUAUAACAUCUGUCACCUAAUAAUUUUGAGUAUUACUGCAAACAAAAGUCACUUUACCAGUUUUUUACACAUGUCCAAAACAACUUUCAGCCAAAUUCAAGUAUUUUGUUUUGUUGUGAGAAACUUUGGAAAUGGAAAUGAAAUGAAUGUUGGCUAAGACAACGCGCAAAAGCUAACUCAGAGCAUUAAUAGAUCAUUAAUUUUAAAAAGUCCAGCCAACUUGUUGGUCAAUUCCUGUGUUUGAUUGUUUUUUUUUUAUGUUUGGCGAUUCUUUCCCAAAAUCAAAUGGGAAGAGGAGCAAAUAAUUUACUUAAGCUUCACGCUUUCCAUUUAUUACACUGUCAUUUUGCACUGCAAUUUUACUAUUCCAAUGCCUCUUUCACCACUAUUUCUAUUAUCCACUCAAUAUCUUGAUUUCUUACAUUUUCCAAGUUUUAUAAAAUAAUUAGAAACACUGUAUCUAGACUUCAUAGAUCAAUCAUAUGAACUUGAGAUGAUGACUAAACCAUUUAUACAUGUUACUUCCAAAACUCUGUUAAUCGGAUUAAUCUUACAUUCAAGGUGUUCUGAAAACACUCUUCAUUUAUUGUUUUAAACUUUUCAGUAUUCAUUUAUUUCUCAUUUAAAUUCAGUUAACAUGAAUUGCAACAUUUUGUAGUAGAGAUUACGGUGUAUGACAUCAAUAUGUAGCAAAAACAAAAACGUUAAGCUUCUGAACAAUUAAAAAUAAAUAAAGUCUCCACCAUUUAUUGAUUAGUACUAUAUAGAAAUCUAAUUAGGCUUUCAUAUGGUGAACAAUGAUGGUUGCGGGUGGAAUCGUCAAAUAAUUUAAUCCAAAGUUCGUGAAUUCACAUAAUUACGUGAUUUGGCAAACCAUUAUGUUAUCAUGUAGAUUACUAAAUGUAGGUCUGUUUAUGAUCUAAUUCCUUCUCAUUGAUUAUGCCCGUUCAAUUAAUUAAUCUGCCGUCAGUAUUCAUAAUGCCUAAGAAAGUAAGAAUAUUGAUUUUAGGUUUACAAUUUAAAUAUACUAAAAAAACAAAUGUACUAUGUUCGAAACUUGUAAUGAAAACGUCAUAGAAAGAAUCUUACAAGGUCCCACUAGUGAAACUCCCCUUCUAUAAAUUCCAGUUCUUUAGCCUCACACCAAAGAACAUUUCUCCAAAAGUAAAACAUAUCUCACUCUUUUAGUCUCCUCCGCACUCUUCGAAGAUAUGGACUCUCCUCCUUCUCCUCCACUUCCUCUCCACCAAACCGACCAUCAGACCAAACAGAUCAUCCUCGUACACGGUUCCAUCAUCAUUGGAGCCGGUCCUUCCGGUCUUGCCACGUCAGCAUGUCUCUCAAACCGUGGAGUCCCUUCUUUGAUCCUAGAACGUUCUGAUUCAAUAGCAUCUCUAUGGAAAACCAAAACCUACGACCGACUCAAGCUCCAUCUCCCAAAACACUUUUGCAGAUUACCACUCUUGGACUUCCCUGAAAAUUUCCCAAAAUACCCUUCUAAAAACGAGUUCUUGGAUUACCUCGAGUCAUACGCUUCACACUUUGGCAUCGUCCCGAGGUUCAACGAGAACGUUGUAAACGCUGCUUUCGAUACGUCCUCUGGUUUGUGGAGAGUAAAGACUCUAAACAAGACAGAGUAUCUCUCGAAGUGGCUUAUUGUGGCUACCGGUGAGAACGCUGAUGCUUACGUCCCGGAGACUCCGGGGAUAGUGAAGUUUUCCGGUGGUAAAAUUAUUCACGCUAGUGAUUAUAGAAGCGGCGAAGAGUUCAGACAACAGAGAGUUUUAGUCGUGGGAUGUGGAAACUCCGGCAUGGAGAUUAGUUUGGAUCUUGUUCGACAUAACGCUUCUCCUCAUCUUGUUGUCCGAAACACAGUUCAUGUGUUGCCAAGGGAGAUACUUGGGCUAUCAACAUUUGGAGUUGGGAUGACACUUCUCAAGUGUUUACCAUUAAGGCUUGUUGAUAAGUUCUUGUUACUGAUGGCUAAUCUUUCGUUUGGAAAUACCGACCGGUUAGGUAUACACCGACCAAAAACCGGUCCGCUUGAGCUAAAAAAUGUCACCGGAAAAAGCCCGGUUCUCGACGUUGGAGCUAUGUCUCUCAUCAGAUCUGGCAAGAUUAAGAUAAUGGAAGGUGUAAAAGAAAUUACAAAAAAUGGAGCAAAGUUUAUGGAUGGUCAAGAAAAGGAAUUUGACUCGAUCAUAUUUGCCACUGGUUACAAAAGCAACGUGCCUACUUGGCUUCAGGGAAGUGAUUUUUUCACGAAGGAAGGGAUGCCAAAAACGCCGUUUCCUAACGGGUGGAGAGGAGGGAAAGGAUUGUACACGGUUGGGUUUACUAGGAGAGGACUCCUUGGAACGGCGUCAGACGCGGUUAAUAUCGCUGGGGAAAUAGCUGACCAGUGGAGAGACGAGAUCAAGGGGCCCAUCAAGAAUAUGUGCAGCUCUCGUUUUGUCCUAAUCUCUAAGUCCUAAUUUAUGUUUUAAAAUAAACAAUUACUACCUAAUUUUGCAUGUUGUAAAUUUAAGAAAUAAACUUUUACAGAUGUGGUUAAUUAGCCGGAUUAGUUAACAAUGUCUUUUAUUGUCCUUACCGAAAUAAAUGUGUGUUUUCUUGUCACAUAUAUGGUCAUAAGAACUCUUACCAGCACAUCUAAAUCUAACUGUUACUUGUUAGCAACCGAUUAAUGAAAACAGAUUCUUGUAGUCACAUCCUAAAACAUCUAAGCUACACCAACACAUAUAAAUCUAAUUGAGGUGGCACCGAAUGUGAAAAACGGUAAAAGUCGAUAUAGUGGGAACUAAAUCUUGUGUACAUUGAAGUGUGUCACAUUUACGUAAGACAGAUAAAUAGAUAUGUAACGAGGUGUGUAUAUAAAGAGAGAUGCAGACGUAAGGAAGAUGGAAGAAGGUGGGCACUGAUUUGUCACUGAAAUGAUAAUCGAGAUAGAGAGCUGACACUCUUCUGCGACCACCGCAUGGACGAUCUCUUUCAACGAAACUGAUCCAUCUCUCUCUAUCUCUUUGCCGUCACGAGAGAGAACUCACACAUACAUACACGUUUUUCUUAUUAUAAGAGAUAAAUCUCUUUAAGGGCUUCAUUUUAUGCAAUUUUACCCAAAAUACAACUUCAUUCACUCACAUGACUUAAGCAAAUCGUCACUGCAUUCACAUCUGAAUGGAUCAUUGGAGUAAUAACUUUUGUUUUGUUUACGUGUAUAAGUUUUAUAUAGUCAGAGACUCAGGGCUUUAAUAUAUCUUUCUAUUCGAGGAAUGGUUUUUAAAAAAAAACUAUUGGAGUAAUGGCUGUGCGCAAACUAUUUGCUAGAAGCAGAGUUUAUAUUUAUAAUUGAUACAAAAACAAUGUUUGAUUUUUUUUUUCAACAAACAAAGUUUGAAUGAACAUAUCAUUUUGAUAAAUUGUAGUGAAAUCAAGCAACGGGAAAAUAUACAGAAAUUAACUAACUUGUUAUAAUUAAGGUACAUUAUAUAAUCUAGAUAUACCCCAUUCCAGUUAUCCUUUGCAAUAAACAAACAAACACAUUUGAUUUUAGAAAACCUAUUAUCAAAGAAAAAACACACGUUUAUUAGUUUCCCAAAUUUUGUUCAAUAUCAUACUUAAAAAUAAUUAUAUAGAAUUAUAUCUAAAUACUAGAAAAUUCUUUUUGCAAGUUUUAUCACUUUUUUCUAUAAAAUAAGACACUGAUAUCUCUAAAUUUGGUUAACUUUUUCUAUUUAAACUUCUAAAUUUGGUUAAAUUUCAAACUUGUUCUUGAUAUCUUUCUAACUUAAGUUUCCAUGGGAUCGGUUCACAAUUUUCGUUCAUACUAACCACUAGCCAUGUUCAAUAUGGAUUUCGAUCCGGUUUUGGUUUGGUUUUUGGAUAUUUCGGUUUAUAAAAAUUAGCUACCAUAUUGGAAACGUAUCU